AUGAAGGUCUUUGUGGCUGCCCUCUUCCUCCUCAUCCUCGCCACUGUUUCUACUUUCGAAGGCCAGCCAAGAAGCCCUGCGGCGGUGAACCUUUCCGCCAGCUGCUGCCUCAAGUACAAGUAUGAGAAGAAAGUACUUCCCAGGAAACAGGUGGUGGGAUACAGAAAGGCCCUCAACUGCAACCUGCCAGCAAUCAUCCUCGUCACCAACAAGAAUAAAGAGGUCUGCACCAAUCCCAGCAAAGAGUGGGUCCAAAAUUACAUCAAUGAUCCCAAGCUGCCUUUGCUGCCCCCGGUUAAAUCCAUCUGA